AUGUAGGUACCGUGAAACAUUUGUGUCUUCACUUUGCUUCACUACUCACGUGUAGUUAUAACCUUUAGUGAAGAGUGUGUCAGUUGAUAAGUUCAUCUAAUUGUUGUAAAGCAGUUGAUUGUAAUCAUGAAGAAUUUGACGGUACUUUACCAAAACGUUUACCGUUUGGAGGAGUUCAGUUAUGAUGAAUUAUGUCAUUGUACAAACCCAAAUAUUCUCUGCUGUAACAAUCCAGAUAACGAUGACUUAUACAUCCUAAAGGGAAAUAAUCUCUUUGUUAUUAACUAUAAUAGCAAAGAAGCAAUGAUGUUGGUCAAAGUUGACAUAGAUGAUAAUGCGAUACCAGUUGGACUGGAAUAUUGCAGUACUUUGCAACAGGUGUUUUGUGCAUACGAUUCUGGUGCUUUAUGUGUUAUAGACACAGAACUAAGAACUGAAAAUGGUCUAGGCAUGAAAAAUAGUGAUGGAAUACAGCGUAUGAAACUUAGCCCUGAUCAGGAAAUUCUGAUUUUAGUUACGGGCAGUGAAAUUGUUGUUACUAUGACAACAAAUUUUCAAAUUAUAUCAGAGGUAGAUCUAAAUGCUCCUGAUUUUGGAGAAAAACAAUUUGUUACUGUUGGCUGGGGAAAGAAGGAAACACAGUUUCAUGGCUCUGAAGGUAAAGCUGCUGCCAAAAGCAAACCAGCAGUUGUAGAAAAAAUUGAAUUCGAUAAUGGAAUACCUAGAAUUACAUGGAGGGGCGAUGGUACUUUGUUUGCCGUUAGUAUUUUGUUAAAGGAAACAGGAAUUCGUUGUUUCAAAGUAUUUAAUCGGCAAGGCAUUGUACAAUACACCAGUGAAACAAUCAAUGGUUUAGAGGAACAUUUAUCUUGGAGGCCACUGGGUAAUCUGAUAGCAAGUACUCAGAGACUGCCAAAUAAACACGUAAUAGCAUUUUUUGAAAAGAAUGGAUUGAAACAUGGGGAUUUUUCCCUACCAUUCGAGCCAAAAGAAAUAAAUGUAAAAGAGGUCUUAUGGUCAAAUGAUUCAGAUAUUUUGACAGUAUGGUGUGAAAAAAUAAUUGAUGGUACCACAUUGAUCCAAUUAUGGACACAAAACAAUUAUCAUUGGUAUUUGAAACAAACAAUUUCGUUUCCCAAGGAAAAUGCUGUAAUUUAUCUCUCAUGGAGUUCGAUGCUCCGGUGUGGAAAAAGACUGCAUAUCCUAACAGCUCAAAAUUUAAUAACUUACAUGUUUCGUUGGGUAACCGAUGGGAGCAGAGCACAAGAUGUGGUAGAUAAAGCUUUAGUUGGCGUUAUUGACGGGAAUAAAGCCUUACUGACAGGAUUUAGAAUCGGUAUCGUCCCACCGCCAAUGGCACAUCAAGUUAUUCAAAUGGAUCAACCUAUAAAUUCAAUCGUUUUUGGUCCUGACAAUCGCGAUGAUGAUUCUUGGAUAAAUUCAAAUGGAAUGUUCUGCGUUUUGAGCAACAACCAAAUAGUUUUCUAUGAAUAUAUCGACAAAUCUGUGGAAUUGAAAUACAAUCAUGUUACCACGUGUGACAUUAAUUGGGAAGUACCAAAAGUCGCUCCUCAAAAUAUGUCAUUCAUUAUGCAUCAUUUUUUAUGGUUCAAAAAGAACAAAAUCUUAUGUUCCGUAUCGUUAAACACACAUUCUUUUCUGUGCAUUUUACGUGUCGAUGGUCUGUCCACUAAAAAAGAUAUCUCCAUUGCUGUUGAAGAAACUCAUGUUAUGGAUGGUCUCAUCGAGCACAUAGUGCCCAGUCCCAAUAAGGACACAGCAUAUAUAGUUGUGGAAGGAUCUGUUUUUAAAUAUUCUGAACACGAAGGCAUUGUUCCAACAGAAGUAGUAUUUCCAGAGUCAUGCUCUCAAGUCCAGGUAGUGAGAAUUGGAAAAAAACUUGUAAUCGUGUCCAGAACUGAAAGAAAUCGGCUAUACAUUGAUGGAAAGGAAGUCGCCAAUAAUAUUACAAGCUUGUGCGUUCACACAGAAUUCUUGCUGCUUACUACACUUCAGCACGCGUUAAUUUGCGUGACUUUAGAUGAAAGAGGAUUCGAACAAUUAUUCACUCAAGAUUUCACUGUGAAACCAUGGGAAAAUGAAUGCGAUAAGACAUCUAUAGGUUUUAGUGUGAGACGAGUAGAAAGAGGAUCGAAUCUGAUUCUAGCUGUUCCCAAGGAUACUAGAACUAUCUUACAGAUGCCUCGUGGAAAUUUAGAAUGUAUACAGCCCAGAGCUUUAUUGCUAUAUAUCAUUGGAAAUCAUCUCGACAAUUUAAAUUACUUCGCUGCCUUUGAAGUCAUCAGAAAGCAGCGUAUCAAUUUGAAUUUAAUAUACGAUCACGACCCUUCACGGUUCAUUCAGAACGCUAAGAAAUUCAUUGAAGAUGUUAAGAAACCGAGUUGGCUGAGUGUCUUUUUAUCUGAAUUGCAAGACGAAGAUGUUAGUACAACGAUAUAUGCAAGUUGUUAUCCAGAUCGAAUGUCAAAGAUCGCCAAUACUCAGUCCGGGUCAUUAGAGAACAAAUCGAAUAAAGUGGAACUAGUUUGUGCACUUCUGCGAGAUAUAAUGGAGAACUGUCAGAAUGCGGAUAAAUUGAUACAGCCAAUUUUAACCAGUUUAGUUAAAAGACAAGAAUUAAAAGGCCUUGAGGCGGCCCUUGGAAAGAUAAAGCAAGUAAAGAAAGUCGAAGACGAGAAGAAUGAUCAAGUACAUAACACUUCGGAAGAAGCUCUGAAGUACUUGUUAUACUUAGUGGAUGUGAAUGUAUUAUUCAAUGUGGCUCUGGGCAUGUACGAUUUUGAUCUGACCAUGUUCGUUGCAUCAAAAUCUCAAAAGGAUCCCAAGGAGUAUAUUCCGCUGUUAAAUGGUCUGAAAAACUUGGAGGAAAAUUACAUGAAGUACUCGAUAGAUAAGCACCUGAAGCGUUAUGAAUCAGCUUUGAAGCAUAUUUCAAAAAUUCCUGAGAAGUUCAAUGAGUGCAUUGAAUUGAUACGCAAUCAUCGUUUAUAUGUGCAAGCUUUAAAGCUCUUCGACAAAAACAGCGAAGAGUACAAAGAUGUGGCAAAGUUGUUCGGUGAAUAUUUAUUAGGUCAAAAGAAAUAUCGUGAAGCAGCGAUUAUGUUCUGCAGAAGUGAUAAUCUGCAGAGUGCACUGAAUGCUUAUAAAUUUGCUGGCAACUGGCAAGAAGCUAUUAUUAUUGCAACAAGAUUAAAACUGAAUAUUACAGAUUUACAUAUUUUGUAUGAGGACCUUGUGUCGAAAUUGAAGGACGAUCGACGAUAUGUAGAGGCUGCUGAAAUCUUAAUAAAUCAUUUGCAAAAUAUUGAGGAUACUGUAGCUACUUUAUGCGAAGGCAAGAAAUGGAGUAACGCAAUGAGAAUAGCUUAUUCCAAUCAGCGUAAGGAUCUGAUUGAAACACACGUGAAGCCAGGGGUACAGGAACAUGCAGAUUAUUUGUUAUCACAAAUUAAUAAAUAUAAAGAAGAUUUUGAAAAGCAUACAAAUAGACUCAAUGUGGUUCGAGCAGAAAAAGCUGCAAAACAGAUGCAUCUUAUAGACGGAGACGAAUGGGAUCACGAAGCAGCUGCUGCAAGAGGAGACAGUGAUUUAUUCAGUGACACAAGUAGUGUGGCUGGCUCUCUUAGUAGUCGAGGUUCACAAUCCUCGAGAUCGUCUGGACGAAGCUAUAGGUCGAGUAAGAAUCGUAGGAAACAUGAACGAAAACUUUUGAGUAUGAAGGAGGGAAGUGCCUACGAAGAUUUGGGAUUAAUACGUACUCUUCACCAACUUGUGAUAAAUGCAUAUGGAUUAAGAGGAGAAAUUCAUGCAUUGUCUCAAGUUUUGAUGCACUUUUAUGAAGACGAAUGUGCACAGAAGCUUCAAAAUUGUCUUACCGAAUUACUAAGCAUAGUAAAAGCAAGGCAAUCUGAAAUUUGGAAUAAAGAUUCUACCUGCACAUCUAUGGAAAUGCGGGGUAGACCGGAUGCUUUAAUUCCACAAUUGAAUCAAAUUAAUAUGCCAGAGAAUUUAAUAGAACCACAUUUGAUGAUACCACCCGCAGUGAAUAUGAUUUCAUGGCAACUGGAUUUGUUUAGUUCUUCAAUGAAACCAGGUUUAAAUACGUGAUGUGGUUGUAAUUAAAGAAAGGGCGAUAAGAUUACAGUGAUCUAAUGUACUAUCUAUUUAGUUUAUAAGUUGAUAUUUGUAACGAGCAAUCUUAUGAAUAAAAUUGAUUUCAUUCAA